AUGUCACAAGUGUCAUCAGCAAUGUCAUUAUGUUGUGAGAAGUUAACACUUUGGAUUCUUGUUGAAGGUGAUCCAGGUCCUACACAAUUUCCUGUUGAAUGGAACACCUCACCACCAAACUUGGAUGAUCUUGCAUGUAAACUUCGUACUCUUGUCACGAAUUUGAGCACAACUGAUGCAAGUCCUUUGGUUGUAUGUUACCCAUUCUCUAGUUCUGAAGAAGAUAAAAAGCAAAGUGGUGAAGAACAGGUUGAAAAUGAGUUUGCACUCAAUAAAGUAGCGGAGAAAAUUAAACUGAAUGAAAGUGGUGAAUAUGAGAUCAGAAAGAAGGCAUAUGGAGAAUGGGAAAUAAGUGAAGUUUUUGAGAAGUUACUGCAUAAGAGUGGAUCAUCAGUAGGUGACAUCAAUCAGUUUGACAUAGAAAAAUUUACACAACCAGAUCCAGAAAUUUCUGAUGAUAUAGUUAAUUCCUUUAUUGGUGAACUCAAGAGAAAAAAAAAGACCUUUAUUCACAUUAAUCGUAAUGAGAGCACCUGCAGAGAGUUUAUUUCUGCUUUUAUGACUGCAGCUGUUGAACAUGUCCAGUUAAAAGAAAGUAAACUUUGUCUCAAGAGUAAAGAGUGGCUUGAUGGAAGUCAUGGUUUUGGUCCUGUUGAAUAUUCUGAUUUUGAGAAAGGUGCUGUCCAGAACAUUGUGCAAAUGCAUAGUGCUGUGGAGAUAGAUGAGACAGAUAUGGAACCUGAACCUCAAGUACAAAUAUAUGAAUGGUAUUUUCUUAAAUGGAUUGGAUCCCCAGAGAAUCCUCAAUUAGAAGCAUCUGGAUCUCAUUUUUGUAAGUUUGAUGGUGAUGAUAUGACAGAUGCAAAGAAAAUAACUAAUUAUAUUGGCUCUAUCCUGCAAAUGCAAGUUAGUGGUCUGGGUAGCAGUAAAAAAUUUUGUCUAUAA